AUGGGCGGGGUGUUAUUAUUAAACUACCAACCAAGGAGACUGAAAGUCAAGUGUUUCUAGGGUUGAUCCUGCAAACAGCUCAGCCUGCUCCACUCUGUAAUGAAGUCUCGCUGUGGAUCUGAGAUGAACAGCUGCUGAUCAUCAAGACAGAGUCAGGGUGCUUCUCAUCACAGUAGGUACAAAUCAAAUUAUGGUCAAUUGUUGUUUUAAGAUUGAUUGUUGUUGCAGCUUAUGGCUGUGUUUUGGCAUUUGUUACAGAACGUGUUGUACAAUGUGUAUGGAAGAUCAUUAUCCUGUUAUGUUUGUUCCUAUGAAUAAUGACAAACCGGGGCAUAGGUUGAUCUACUUUUAAUAAACUGAUACUUCAGCUAGCGGUCUCCUUGUUUAGCCAUGCAAGGCACACUUCAACUCUCCCCCUCGCAUAGCCUGCUUGGUAAUGUAAUCUUCACGUUAUUAACACAUAACAACACACAUACAUAAAGUAUUGAGUGUUUAAAGCUUGUAAAUGCUGUGUUAUGGGGCAAUUCUUACAUUAUUGAGAGUCCAUGGGAUGGUGGGGUAUUUUGGCAGGUAACAUGUAGCCCAAACUAUUUACACUCAGGCAAUUUGGCUUUUACAAAUCUCCAGAACUAACCAGAUGUACCAUUUUAUUAGUUGUUCUGCUGUUGUUCUUAUUCUUUACUUAUGGGUUACAGUUAAUCUCUCCUCUCUCUCUCUCUCGCUCUCCAUCGCUCUCUCUUCUCCUCGCCUCUCCUCUCUCCUCUCUCUCUCUCUCGCUCUCUCUCUCUCUCUCACUCUCUCUCUCUCUCCUCCCUCUAUCUCUCUCUCUCUCUCUCUCUCUCGCUCUCUCAGUUGUUAUUGUUAAUAAUCCUUUCUUAUUAAAAGUGAAAGCAAAUUUACACUGCAGGGCAAGAGAGGAUUGUGGUAUUUGAGAACGUUUGAUUUUGGAGAAGCAAAACUCUGUUGUUGUCCCAGACGAUGUGGUAGAUCAGUGAUAACUGAACAGGGUUGGGUUUCGAUGAUUGUUUACACUACGUAAUGUGUAAUCAGGAUGACAGUAAAUUGUAAAAAUCCCCCUGACAACCACAGAUAUGAGGAAAGGGUUUGAAACACUCCUAUAGUUUGAAUGCGGAUGAAGUGAGUUUGAAACCUGUUUGUUGCACUCCAACUUCAGCAUUCAUUUUUGAUGUUUCACCAAUGGAGGAAACUGGUGUCAGACCUGAUGCUGGUGUGCUCCCUACCACUCUGGUCCUUCUACUACUUAAUGGAAUCUAACUGGGUGUUUGGAGACAUCGCCUGUCACUAUGGUAAAGAAGAUCACUGUGAGAGAUGAUAGUAUAGUACUGUAAAGCACACUUCGUGCUGCUGUGUAACUGCUGCCAUCUCAAAUCUUGAUUUAACUUGUUGCUUUUUUAAAAACCAAUCCAUCUCUCUCUUUUGUGUGGACUCAAGGAAGAGUGCAACAGCUAAUGGGGAUCCUGAUAAAAUACCUCUCCUCUCCCUCUCCUCUCCUCUUCUCUCUCUCUCUCUCCUUUUCCCCCCCCCCCCCCCCCCCUUCCCCUCCCUCCUCCUCUCUUUUUGCCCCCCCCUCCCCCUUCUCUCCCCCUUCCCCUCCUCUCCUCUUUCUUUGCCCCCCCCCCCCCCCCCUCCUCUCUCUCUCUCUUUCCCCCCCCCCCCCCCCCCUCCCUCUUCUUUUUGCCCCCCCCCCCCCUCUCCCUGCCCCCCCCCCCUUCCCCUUUGGGGGCCCCCCCCCUAUCCCCCCCCCCGGGCCCUUUACCUUUCCCCCCUCCCCCCCCCUUCCCUUUUCCCCCCCCCUCCCCCCCCCCCUCCCCCCCCCCCUUCCCCCCCCCCCCCCCCCUCCCUUUUGCCCCCCCCCCGCCCCUCUCCCCCUUUUUUUCCCCCCUCCCCCUUUUUCUUUUUCCCCUUUUGCCCCCCCUCCCCCCCUUCCCCCCCUUCUUCUUUUUCCCCCCCCCCCUGCCCCUUUUUUUUCCCCACCCCCCCCCCCCCCCCCUCCUUUUCCCCCCCCCCCCCCCCCUCCUCUCUCUUUUGCCCCCCCUCCCCUCCCCCUCCUUCCCCCCCCUUUUCCCCCCCCCCCCCCCCUCCUCUUUUUGCCCCCCCCCCCUCCCCCUCCCUCCCCUUCCGUUCUUUUUUGCCCCCCCCCCUUUUUCUCUCCUUCUCUUUUGCCCCCCCCCCCCCCUUCCCCCUCCUUUUUCCGGGUUUUUCCCCCCUCCCCCCCCCCCCCCCCCCUCCCCCCGUUUUUCCCUCUUUCCCCCCCCCUCUCCCCCCCUCCCUCUCCCUUCUUUUUUGUUUUUGUCUUUUUUUUGGGUUUUUUAAAAGGAAAAAAUUUUUUCCCCGUCCACCGUUACAUGUAAACCCCCCUUUCAACCCCCCCGGGUUUCCCCCCUCCCCCUCCUCCUUGCAUCUUUGGGAAAGGGUUUUGGGAAAUCCGUCCUUUCGUUCUUUCCCACCAUCCCGGCCCUUUUUAAAGGGGCAAUUGGGGGCAUGCCUUAAAAGGCUUCUUUUUGUAAAAGGGGGAAACUUUUUUGGGGGGGUGUUUGCCGUAGGGGUGGGGGGGGAAAAGGGGAAAGCCCAGGAAACAAUGUGGUUGCGAUUUGGGCCCACUAAAAUUUAGGCGGGGUCCCGGGGCCACGGUGCCCGGGGGAAAGGUGCCGGGGCCAAAAUAAAACCCCCUCAAAAAAGAAAUGAACAACGUAUUGGCCCAUUGGUUUUGGCCAAAUUUUCCGUUAAAAGGGGGGGGCGUAACGCGAGUGGGGGGGAAGGGGGAAAGGAAAGGGAAAACCAAAAAGAUGCCCCCCAGUUUAAAGAGAUCCAGGCCUGCCCCCCAAGUCAUGAGGGGGUUUCCGGGGGCGACAAAAUGGAGGAAAAGGGGGGAGUUGUAGGAAAGAGGGGACCGCCAAGGGCACCCACUCGUUGGGGCCGGGAGGGGGCGGGGGGGACCUCUCUCUCGUCUCUUUGCCCCCCUCCCUUACCUCUCUCUUUUACUCCCCCUCCUCUCCUUCUCUCUUUGACCUGGAGCAAUCUAAAACGAAUAAAUCAGUCAUCAUGGAAGAUGGAAACGUUUCCUCUAACUGCUCCAUCAGCAUGUUCAAACACAGAGUCUACCCGCCCACCUACCUAGUCAUCUUCACCCUCGGCCUCGUCUUCAACCUCGUCUCCCUCUGCUUCUUCGUCAGUGUCUGGAGGAGGAAGAAAAGGUUUACCCCUGUCAACCUGUACAUGGUAAACCUGCUGGUGUCAGACCUGAUGCUGGUGUGCUCCCUACCACUCCGGUCCUUCUACUACUUAAUGGAGUCUAACUGGGUGUUUGGAGACAUCGCCUGUCGAGUUAUGUCCUACGUCUUCUACGUCAACAUGUACGGGAGCAUCUACUUCCUCAUGGUGCUGAGUGUGCUUCGUUACAUGGCCGUCACCCAGCCGUUCAGGUAUAUGCAGCUGCAGAGUAGACGUAAUGCCUGGCUGGGGUGCCUAUUGGUCUGGCUGCUGGUGUCGCUAGCCUCCAUCCCUAUGCUGAGUCCAGGGACCAUCAGAGAUGCUUCUGGUAGAACCAGGUGCCUGGAGCUCAACCCAGAAUACAACCCCAUUCACAACCACACACUGAUCAUAGCCAACCACGUCACCGUACUCCUCGGCUUCAUUGUGCCCUUUGCAGUCAUCUCUGUCUGUUACAUAUUUGUGGUGCGUAGACUGCUGACGCUGAGGAAGGGUGAAGGAAGGCCGAAAAACCACAACAAGUCCAUGUCCCUAGUUGUAAUAGUCCUUAGCAUCUUCCUAGUGUGUUUCCUGCCCUACCACGUCAUGAGGACGCUCUUCCUGGAGGCUGAGCAGCAUGCGAGGGAAAAGGGGUAUGGAGAUUCCUGUAGGUACAUAGAGCGUGUACGCAAAGCGGCUGUGAUCACUCUGUGUCUCGCAGCGGGGAACAGCUGCUUGGACCCACUCCUUUAUUUCUUAGUUGGGGAUAACUUCAGGGUUUUCUGUCAGGGCGCUUACAAGGAGACGGAGGGAAAGACACUGGCUAAGACGGAGGGAAUGAGGAAGGGGACCGAUCCGACAGUAGAGCUACAGGAACUAAAUGCUCCAAACAGCUCCAGUCCUGAUAUUUAG